AUCACUCACUCACUCACUCACGCUCCCUCCAUCACACAGCACCCGGCGUCUCUCACUGAGCGUCUCUCCCCUCCAGCAGACGAUGCCCCUCCAGUCCACCCUGUCGGGCCGGGGCUCCGGCGCCGGCCCCGAGCGGGCCGAGGACACGCAGUCGGACGGCAAGUCCUUCGAGGAGCUGAGGCACGAGUGCCUGCAGAAGGGGGUUCUGUUCGAGGACCAGGACUUCCCCGCCGCCGACUCCUCGCUGUACUUCAGCGAGAGCGUCCCGGUCAACAUCGAAUGGAAGAGGCCCAAGGAGAUCUGCAAAGACCCAAAGUUCAUCGUGGGCGGCGCAGACAGGACGGACAUCUGCCAAGGACAGCUCGGUGACUGCUGGCUACUGGCGGCCAUCGCGUCCUUGACCCUCAAAAAAGAAGCCCUGGCCCGGGUCGUCCCCCCCGACCAGGACUUCGACCGCAGAUACGCCGGCAUCUUCCACUUCCAGUUCUGGAGUCACAACCGGUGGCUGGACGUGGUGGUGGACGACCGGCUGCCGGUGGUCCGAAACAAGCUCAUCAUGCUGCACUCCGCCUCCAACGACGAGUUCUGGAGCGCCCUGCUGGAGAAGGCCUACGCCAAACUGCACGGCAGCUACGAGUCCCUGAAGGGCGGCAGCACCAUGGAGGCCAUGGAGGAUUUCACCGGCGGGGUCGGGGAAAAUUACGAGACCAAGAACUGCCCGGACAACCUGUUCUCCAUCAUGAAGAAGGCGCUGGACAGAGGCUCCAUGAUGGGAUGCUCCAUCGACAUCACCAGCUCUGCCGAGUCCGAGGCCAAGACCACCACGGGCCUGGUGAAGGGUCACGCGUACUCCAUCACGAGCCUGGAGGAGGUGAACUUCCGAGGUAAGACGGUCCAGCUGAUCCGGGUGAGGAACCCGUGGGGUCAGGUGGAGUGGAACGGGCCCUGGAGUGACGGAUCCAGAGAGUGGAAUUACGUUGACAGCGGUGAUAAAAAUCGCCUCCUGCAGCUUUCAGACGACGGGGAAUUCUGGAUGGAGUUCAGCGACUUCAAGAAGAACUACGACAAGGUGGAGAUCUGCAACAUGACCCCCGACGACCUGACCGACGACUCCAAGCGCCAGUGGGCGGUCAGCAUGUUCGAGGGGAACUGGAUCCGCGGCUCCACCGCCGGAGGCUGCAGGAACUUCAUCGACACCUUCUGGACCAACCCGCAGUUCAAGCUGAAGCUGGAGGACGCCGACGACGACGACGUGUGCAGCGUGGUGAUCGCGCUGAUGCAGAAGAACAGGAGGAAGCUGAGGAAGGAGGGCAUGGACAUGGAGACCAUCGGCUUCGCCGUGUACGAGGCUCCGGAGGACGAGGACCAACUGGGGAAAGACUUCUUCCGCUACAACGCGUCCAAAGCUCGCAGCAGGACCUACAUCAACGUGCGGGAGAUAUCGGAGCGCUUCACGCUGCCUCCCGGCAGCUACCUGCUGGUCCCCACCACCUUCCAGCCGCACCACGAGGCCGACUUCAUCGUCAGGGUCUUCUCGGAGAAGAAGGCCGAAGCUCUCGAGAUGGGGAGCAACGUUGACGCUGACCUCCCAGAUCCGCCCCCCCCCUCUGCCCCAGAGGACGAGUCCGACGAGGAGAAAGGCCUGAGGAGGCUGUUCGAACAGCUGGCCGGAGACGACCAGGCCAUCUCUGUCAGAGAGCUGCAGCAGAUGCUCAACGGCGUCCUCAGCAGACGAAAAGAGAUCAAAUUCGACGGCCUGAGUCUGAGCACCUGCCACAGCAUCAUCAACCUGAUGGAUGUGGACAACACGGGGCAGCUGGAGUUCCAGGAGUUCAAGGUCUUCUGGGAAAAGAUGAAGAAGUGGAUCAUGCUCUUCUUGGCCUUUGACACCGACCGCUCGGGGAAGAUGUCGUCCUACGAGCUCCGCAGCGCUCUCAAAGCUGCAGGAAUGCAGCUGAACAACCGGCUGCUGCAGCUCAUCGGCUUGAGGUUCGCUGACGACAAAUACGACAUCGACUUCGACGACUACCUCACCUGCAUCGUCCGCCUGGAGAACAUGUUCAGAGCCUUCCAGGUUCUGGACACAUCCCAACGAGGGCGAGUGAACAUGAACAUCAUGCAGUUCCUGAUGCUGUCGAUGAACGUCUGAAGGCCGACAGGAGAAGAGAAGAAGCCUGAUCAAUCUUCAGACUCUGUUUUUUGGUUUAAUAAUGUGAGAUGCUUUCUGCGCUGCAGAGUUGGAACGUUGGGAUCCAUUGUUAAAAAUUUGCUAACUGGUGCUUUUGGACAAAACAUUUUUUUUCUCUGCUUUCUGCGUGAAUGGAAAUAAACUUUGAACAAAACAUCUGA